GCGUAUGCACGUGCGCUUUCUGAGACGAGGAAGACGCAGAAGAAGACAGCACGUGCUGGUGUCCGGUGUGCCCACCGUUCGACAGGACACGCCAGCCAGUGAGCCCGCCUCGUCGAAGCGGCCGCGGAAGCACCAGCCAGGAUGGAGGUCCCGCGCCAGAAGUGGGCCAACAAUGUGGAGUUCCUGCUGGCGAGCACGGGGAUGUCCAUCGGGCUGGGAAAUAUUUGGAGAUUUCCGUACGUUGCCUACGACAACGGCGGGGGGGCCUUCCUGCUUCCCUACCUGCUGAUCAUGACUGUGGUGGGCCGCUCCAUGUUCUACAUGGAGAUGCUCAUGGGCCAGUUCCGGAGCGCUGGCGCCACCCAGGUCUUCGACUGCGUGCCCCUCGCCAGGGGCGUCGGCUGGGCCAUGGUGUACACGUGCUUCGUGAUCUGCCUCUACUACAACCUGCUGCUCUCGUACGCACUCAACUUCCUCUGGUACUCGUUCAGCAGCGAGGAGCUUCCCUGGACCCGCUGUAACCCCGCCUGGGCAGAUGAUGAGUGCUUCGACUCGAGGAACCCCUUGAAAGCCUGCAACUACGUGAACAAGACGCUGUACAACAUGUACCUAAAACAGAACGGCACGGACAUGGCAACCAGCGUGGUGCUUGGAGGCGCCAACGGCUCCGUGCUUGUGCCCGAGAAGCUCUUCACCAUCUACUUCUCCAACUGCACCGAAACGGUCGUCACAGCGCCUGAGGAGUUCUACGAGAACUACGUGCUUGGCGUGAGCAGCGGCGUACACAACCUGGGCCGCAUACAGAUAGGACUGGUGAUCGGCCUGGCGGCAUCGUGGAUUACCGUGUUCUUCUGCGUCUUCAAGGGAGUCCGUUCCUCCGGGAAGGUGUCUUACUUCACGGCUAUCACUCCGUUCUUCAUACUCGGCGUGCUGAUGCUGAGGGGCGUCACCCUGGAAGGAGCGGGUAACGGCCUCUACUACUACUUCUAUCCGCAGUGGGAGAAGCUCAAGCUCUUCAAGACAUGGAGGGCCGCUGCCGUGCAGAUCUUCUUUUCCAUCAGCCUCGCCCAGGGCCUGAACAUGUGCCUCGCAAGUUACAACGACUUCAACAACAACAUCGUUCGGGACGUGUACAUCAUCGCGGCGACGGACUCCUUCAUCAGCAUCUUCGGCGGUGUCGUCAUCUUCUCUGUUUUGGGCAACAUGGCGCACCAGCUUGACGUGGCCGUGCCGGAUGUUGUUCAGUCCGCGUUCGGCCUGGCGUUCGUGGUGUACCCGCAGGCGCUCAGCCUCAUCGAGUUCCCGCACUUCUGGUCGGUGACCUUCUUUGCCAUGCUCUUCCUGCUAGCCAUCGACUCCGAGUUCGGUUUCGUGGAGGCCGCCCUGACCCCGCUGAAAGACGAGAUACCGGUGUGCCGUGCCCAUGAGACCCUCGUGGCCACCAUCUGCUGCGUCUGCUUCUUCAUCAUGGGGCUGCCCAUCGCGUCGCAGGGAGGGCUGUACAUCCUGACGCUGCUGGACGAGUUUGUCUCCAGCCACUUAAUCCCCUGGGUCGGUGUGGCCGAAAUGGCUACCCUCGUAUUCGGCUACGAUCCUGGCCGUGACGUCGCUUACCAACUUCGAGUCGGUGAAGGUGAAACGACAUGGCAGCUUGUACGAGUUCCCGGUGUGGUCGCAGAUCACCGGCUUCUUGGUGGCCGGCAUCGGUCUCGCCAUUAUCCCCAUUAUCGCCAUCAAGGAACUCAGGGCCGCCAAAUGGGUGAGGCCUAUCUCUGCUCUAACGGCGCUGCACUCGCUUAGGUUACAUGCGUAGGUAUACAGUCGCGCGCGUUUUUAUAUGCUCAACGUAGAUUCAUGAUCGAAAGUACCUUCACCAGAGAUCCCGCUAAGAAAAAGAGAAAGGUUGAACCAAGUCAACGCUUAAGCCGACGUACAUGGUGGGUCAAAUGAUUGGAUGAUCAAAUGUUCAUCAUAUCACCGCAUUGUUUUCAUGUUCAUUAUUCACUCAUUUCGUACCUUAUUCAUAUCGUGUUUCACGCGUAAUUACAUAGACAAUGCCUUCUUUACUGUCAGCACUUCGUUGACCCUUUCUUUUUUCGACCAAUAGGCCAGGUGGGCCGAUAUUGCAGAUAGUGCAGACUAUGGUGCCAAGUGGUUAUUUUUCUACUAUAUGGACACUGCUUAUGCCCGUAUCAUUAAUUUUACCUACUCUGCGAUUAAUUAUUGCUUAUUAUCUUAUUAAGAUCUACAUUUUGAUACAUUUUGCGACUCACUAUGACACAUUCAAGGCGCGGAAUAGUGUGUUUCUUUCCUUCUUGAAGUGGUUACAAGAUACCGAGAUACACCAGACCCUUGAGAAUUCAGCAGAGAAGACCUUGUUUUCAACAUCAAAAUUACUUGGUACCUCUAGUAACUCAUACCGACAACCUUAAACUGACGAAUGAACUUUAUCAUCACUUCAGAAAAAGUCUUGCCUCAGGAGCUCCUAUGUAAAUGCAUGGAAACGAAGAAAUCCUUUUUCUUGGCAUCUAAUGCACUAAAUUUUAUUGUUUGUCAGUGUUCUUCUAAUUGAAAAAAUCUGGGAACUGCAGGAAGUAGAUAUUUCUUUAUUUAGGCCAUAUUUAGCUUCUUUUACAAAGUCUACUGAAAAUCGCUAAAUUGGAAAGAAUAUUGAAGCAUCAAGUUUGCAGUUGUGUAACUAAGCGAUAAAAACCACAAUUCUAUUCAGCCAUCUUUUUUUUGCGCUAGCGCUAGGAAAGAACUUGGACGAGGACGCGACUGAAGAUAUCAAGCAUGCCAAUGUGUUCAGUCUCGUACCUAUUUGUACGUUCUUGUUCAAGUUCUUUCUUAACGCUCGCGUAAAGAUGGAACUUCACUAAUUAGCUGAAUUUCAAGCUUUGUUGACAUCUAAAGCCGACAACAUUGUUAGUUAACCGAUGAUCAGUUUUGGUGUGUCGUGCAAGUAACGUCCGUCUCCGAGAAUGCCAGCUCAGGAAGUGGAAUUGCGCUAUGUCCCUCAAGGGCUCUUAAAAAAAUUAUGGUGUUUUACGUGCCAAAACCACUUGCUGAUUAUGAGGCACGCCGUAGUGGGGGACUCCGGAAAUUUCGACCACCUGGGGUUCUUUAACGUGCACCUAAAUCUAAGUACAUGGGUGUUUUCGCAUUUCGCCCCCAUCGAAAUGCGGCCGCCAUGGCUGGGAUUCGAUCCCGCGACCUCGUGCUCAGCAGCCCAACACCAUAGCCAUUGAGCAACCACGGCGGGUCAAGAGCUUUUUAAAUGCUGCGUUAGGAUUUUUUAAAAGGAGGACUUUAUUUACACGUUAUCCUCUGCACAAUGAGAACAAGAGAAAACAACAGAAAGGAAGAAAUUGGGGAACGCAAAAUUACGCAUAUAUCGUAAAAGCCAUUAUCACGAGCCUAACGUGUGAACACCUUACACGUGAAAAUGUUGCCCGCGUUCUCGUCUAUAAGUGGUUUCUAAAAAACGCCGUCGUCGUUUGAAGAAAAAAAACUGUUCGAUUGAUAUUUCGCGCUUCUGUUGUCCGAGAUUUGCUUAAUUAGAGAAGAAAGUUCGGUUAGUUGGCGCGUAUCUCAGGACAGACAUUUUCAACUGCCAUCAUGCACUGCGUUCCUCUCGUUCUCGUCCUGCGUCAGUAUAGCGCUAGUUAAAGGAAACGCGCGCAUCCAAAGCAAUGCUGAAAUCCAAAUGACGCGAGGCUUCUUCUAGUUGGCGAGGUACAGGCAGUAGUGUGUGACACGAGCAGAGCUUCAUCGCUUGCAGCUGCUAGGACGAAGGCGGUGUAUGACGCUUGUCAAAGGAAGAAUGUUCAUGAGAGGUGCGUGGGCACAGUGACGUACAACACGUCUAAGAUCCACACCUUGUGUCACAGUGGCUCAUCCAUUCUGGGGGAUUGGCUAUGAAUGAGCACAUGCGCAGUGACACACGUGGUCUACUAGGCCAGCCAGAAACCACCAGAAAGUUGUCUGUUCGGGUACUUGUCAAGUGACCCAAGUAUCUACUCCGCAAGACAGCAGGCAGAACAUACCCAGUCACCCAAGUGGUCCACAUACCACGUGCCUCGCGUAACGAGAACCAAACUUUAAACAAAUUGGCUGCGGCUUAGCUCAGAUAACCCUGGAUAUGCAAAGCGAAAGCUUGGUUUACCGUGGUUAGGUCUUCGUUUCAUUUCCUUAACCUUUGAUUUAGCUGUAAUUAUUUUACUUAGGUAUACAAUCAUCGUUAAGCCAGAUAUGACGGCUGUGCCUGGGUCGGUGGCUAGACAUGAUUGUGAUUAGGCCUGGGUACACACGUAUCGUUCUACGGUGCGACGCCUGUUGUGCCAGAGGGAAAGCGUAAGUACUAGACAUACAAAGAGACGCCGCGAACAUGCGCAGCGUCGAAGCACAAACGGACAUGGCGCGAACGCGGUCGCUACAUUGAUCUAGACGGUGCGACGCCUGUUGCAUUCCGAACCCUCUUCAGUGGAGCACCUCGCCGGGCGAUAUCCGCGGGGUGGUCAGACGCCGCUUGGCAACGACGGCUCAAAGUCUCCCGCGCAAUGCUCAGAGAAGACGGCCCGGCCUCGUUGUCAUCCAUUGCCAAGCUCGCACUGACUAGGCGAGCGCGGCGCUCCACUUAGCCAGGCGCGCGGCGAGUCACGUGGUCAGGAGGCAACCUAGCUGCGGAGAGCGCAUGCGCCAAGUCGGCGGCGGCGGCGGCGGAGCUCGGCACGGCGAGUCACGUUAUGCGUUGCUAAGGCUACGACGCAGCUGUGGUCAAAUGAAGGUCAAAUUGCUGGCGGCGGCGAAACUCGGCCCGACGCGGUUAGUAAAGCUUUCGCUUUAGUAGUCUCGUACAGCUUAGGCGAAUGGGACCGGUGGUACAUGUUCGUAGUCAUCUCGAAUAACUCAGACUAUGUUGUGAAGAGUGGUUAUGUAGCUAAUUAGCUAAUCUUAUUUAUUCAAAAUUUUAAAUAUUUGUUUUCUUUUUGGGUAUAAGUCCAUUUGAAAAGUUGGAGAGCGUGCUUAGAAGCAGCCAAUGAAGAGAUGUGUUUUUUUUAUGUGUGUAAGCUGCAUUCAAAAAGUUAGAGCAAGCGCUCAGAAACAGCCAAUGAAGUCGUUUUUAACACUCAAAGGUCGCAUGCCCGUGGUGAAGAAAGGCGAUGUGUGUGUUUGUAUCUGCGUUCAGCGCCUAUCAUUCGCUUGUCUACUUGUGUGCACGGGCCCGUUCUACUUGUACCCGUGUGCAGUAACAAUUUACACACAGUUGCUCAACGAGAAGGUUAAUUAGUACGUGCCAUGCACAACUUUCUUGCCGACAGAAGACGGCAGAACGUUGCCCCCGCUCCACUGCCGAGACGAUUGAGCGCGCAGUGUGAGAAAGCCAAUCAAAGCAAGUAUCUAUUAAUCGCAAUUAAUUACAAAGAAAAUUAUACAAGUGGGACCACAGUACUCUCAGAAUUGUGUGACGGGUGCGUGGAUUAACAAAUAUGUAGUGCGUCCUCCUCGCUUCUUUGUCGUUCCGCAGUCAAGAUGGCUUGCGCGUCGCUUGCGUCUUCGCGUCUCCGAGAGACGCGCUUAUUGAAAAUGCGAAAUGAACGCGUUUCUCCGCGACGCAGUUUCCAUAGCGCGUAAAAUGUGAGCGUAGCGGAGCGCAAGCGACGCUCAACUAAAGCUCU